AUGGCUACCGAUGUCGAAUCAACAGGAAGUCUUCAAAGAGAUGGUUCUAAGGGAGGUAAGGCUCCCCAGUCAAUCUGGAAGAUCAAGGUUAGGGUAAGGUGCUCCGUUUGCAAGAAGUGUGGAAGUGAUCACCCCGGCGUGGACUGUCAUGGGAAGCCGGUAGAGUGCUUUGCUUGUGGAAAGAAGGGUCACCGAUCCUUUGAGUGUAGGGCUAAGAAGAGGACUUCAGUGGACACAAAACCAGUUGGUAGUGUGGGACCCUGGUCAGGAAGAAAGUCUCGAAGUGGAUGCAAUAAUGGACUAAGUGGAGAUAGCAUCCAAGACCUGUGUACGAAGUUGGGACCUCGACAAGGCAAGAUUCGCAGUCGUGAGGCAGAUGCAAGUGGGAACCGUUGA